AUGAUGCGUGCGGUGUUUGUAGAGGGGACAGCGGAGCAAGUCUUCAGCGUUAUCAACGAAUUUUUCCGCAAAAGUGUAAUAGGGGGUGAGGAAUGGUCAGGAGGUGUUCUAAACAGUGGAGUGCCGGUGGAGCGGCAGGCCAUGGCCGGUGGACAGCUUCGCGCAGCGGUGGAGUAUCAGGAGCACGUGGAGGUGGACGUGAAGCCGGUCAAGGAAGUAAAGCCGCUGACGGAGUGGCAGCCUGUGGAGCUUCAGGAGGACGUAAAGCGCGACAUUAUCCCGCCAUCCGCUCCUGCUCCCUCAUCAUCUUCAUCGUCCUAUCGCCAACACGCAACAGAUGUGAAGAACGCUAUAAAUAACGCUAUGGGGAACGUUUAUCCCUGCCCCUCGGUAACAUCCUCGACUCCUCGGCGUAAGCGUCCCCACUACCGCUUGCAUGGGGUGGCUGACGGGCAAGGCCGACGAAUGAUAUGCUCCAAGAACACGCGGCGUUGCCAAAAUUGCGGGAUGAACACGCGUACCUUUAGUGCAUUUGAAAGCCACAUUUGUCUUGGAGAUGCUUUUAGGUGCCCGGAGAUCGGGUGCACUUUUAAUUCCAAGUCCCAACAUGGGCUAACAGUGCACAAGAGGAGAAUGCAUCCUGUACAAAUGGAACUCAAGCUAAAGGAUUUAACCUACUACAAUCCGUCGCAGUCAAUGGGCUCCACAUUGGAGCGGAGCAACACAACUGUACCAUCUUUGCCACCGAUUCCGAUGCCUGUCAGGGGGAGCUAUUACAUAGAUUCGCCGGUGGCCGUGACUCCUCUGAUGCAGCCAGCAGGGCUCAUGUGGCCCCAGGCCCUGCUUACUAAUGAAGCCAAGCCGCUGAUGACCCCAGAACAGCUGGGUGGUGCCACCCUGCCUGUGGACGAAGGCGUUCUUCCGAUUGAGAACUGCUGUGCUUAUUACGGUGCCGGUGGAGGCGGUAGAGGAGGAGGCAGCCCUGGUAAUGGCCACAAUUGAGUACAGUAUAUGUACAUCAUUACUAUUGAAGAACAAAGAUGUAUUUUUAUUUUGAUCAGAGCUUGAAAAGGAAGCUACCGAUCUAAUAUUACUCAUCGUAAAAAUAAAGUGAAGAAGUAACUUUUUGAUUUGCCUCGGAGGCUUUCAAGCAAAUUAAUAAAUGGAGGAAUAUUUAAGUUA